UGGUGCUCCACUUAGCAAGAGGGUGCAGCAUAACAUACUGCCAAGACUAAGAUCCUUGAGGGUACUAUCAUUGUCUCAUUACUGGAUUAAGAAGUUGCCAAAUGACUUGUUUAUCAAAUUAAGCUCCUCAGAUUUUUGGACCUUUCUCAGACAUGGAUUAGAAAGUUGCCUGAUUCCAUUUGUGUAUUGUAUAACUUAGAGGUACUUCUCCUGUCAUCUUGUGCUUAUCUUGAGGAGCUACCGCUGCAGAUGGAGAAGUUGAUUAACUUGCGUCAUCUUGACAUAAGCUAACAGUUUCUGCUUGAAGAUGCCGCUACAUCUAAGCAAGUUGAAAAGCCUCCAAGUGCUAGUGGGAGCCAAGUUUCUUUUAGGUGGUCACGGUGGUUCGAGAAUGGAUGAUUUGGGCGAAGCACAGAACUUGUAUGGAUCUCUAUCGAUUCUAGAGUUGCAAAAUGUGGUUGAUAGAAGGGAAGCUGCGAAAGCAAAGAUGAGGGAGAAGAAUCAUGUUGAGAAGUUAUCUCUGGAGUGGAGUGAAAGUAGUGCCGACAAUUCACAAACUGAAAGAGACAUACUUGACGAUCUACACCCACAUACAAACAUAAAGGAACUCCGAAUCACCGGAUAUAGAGGGAAGAAAUUUCCAAAUUGGCUAGCUGAUCCUUUGUUUCUUAAGCUAGUUAAAUUGUCUCUUAGAAACUGCAAGGACUGUGAUACCUUGCCAGCACUAGGACAGCUUCCUUCUUUGAAAAUCCUUUCCAUUAGAGGGAUGCACCGAAUAACAAAGGUGACAGAAGAAUUCUAUGGUAGUUCGUCAUCCAAAAAGUCUUUUAACUCUCUUGAGGAGCUUGAAUUUGCAUAUAUGUCGAAGUGGAAGCAAUGGCACGUACUAGGUAAUGGAGAGUUCCCUACACUUAAGAACCUUUCAAUUAAAAAUUGCCCUGAACUCAGUGUGGAGAUACCCAUCCAACUUGAGGGAAUGAAGCAGAUUGAGCGAUUAUCUAUUGUUGAUUGUAACUCUCUUACCUCUUUUCCUUUUAGCAUUCUGCUGAGUACCUUGAAUACAAUAUACAUAUCUGGUUGCCAGAAAUUGAAAUUGAAGGCGCCAGUUGGUUAUUGUAACAUGCUUCUAGAGGAUUUGAGAGUGGAAGAAUGUGAAUGUAUAGAUGAUGUAUCACCUGAGUUGCUCCCAAGAGCACGCAAAUUGAGUGUAGAGAGUUGCCACAACCUUACUAGGUUUUUGAUUCCUACUGCCACCGAAAGUCUCUUUAUUUGGAAUUGUAUGAAUGUUGAAAAACUUUCGGUGGCAUGUGGGGGGACCCAAAUGACGUCACUGAGUAUUGCCCAGUGUAGGAAGCUGAAGUGUCUGCCAGAACGUAUGCAGGAACUCCUUCCAUCUCUUAAGGAAAUGUAUCUGUUUAAUUGUCCAGAAGUAGAGUUUUUUCCUGAAGGAGGAUUACCCUCCAAUUUGCAAGUCCUUCAGAUUGUCAAUUGCAAGAAACUAGUGAUCGGAAGAAAGGAGUGGCAUUUACAGAGACUUCCCUGUCUCAUAGAGUUAGUGAUCGAAGAGAUUCUUGCUUGUGAGAAUUGGGAGUUGCCUUCCUCUAUUCAAAGACUAACCAUAGACAGUCUGAAAACAUUAAGCAGCCAACAUCUCAAAAGCCUCACCUCUCUUCAAUAUCUACGUAUUGCUAAUUUACCUCAAAUUCAGUCACUGCUGGAACCAGGGCGGCUUCCGUCAUCUCUUUCUGAGCUACAUUUAUAUAGACAUCAUGAGCUCCAUUCACUUGGUCUUUGCCACCUCACUUCGCUUCAAAGCUUACACAUCGGGAAUUGCCAUAAUCUCCAAUCACUUUCUGAAUCAGCACUGCCCUCCUCUCUCUCUAAGCUAACCAUCUAUGAUUGCCCUAAUCUCCAAUCACUUUCCAAAUCAGUACUUCCCUCCUCCCUCUCUGAGCUGGACAUCUCCCAUUGCCCUAAUCUCCAAUCUCUUCUAGUAAAAGGGAUGCCCUCUUCCCUCUCUAAACUAUCUAUUUCUAACUGUCCAUUGCUCACACCACUACUAGAAUUUGACAAGGGGGAAUACUGGCCAAAUAUUGCUCAAAUUCCCAUCAUUGAUAUCGAUUUGAAAUUCCUGUGAUGAUUAAACGAAUGGCUCUCCAAG